AUGGCGACGCUUGGCCUCGAGUCGCCGCUCACCGAUGUCUCGACCAACGUGCGCGCACGGCCAGGCGCGUCGCCGAUCCGCGCCAAAGCCACGCAGAAACCGGCGCCGGCGCCGAAACUGCGCAAGGACAAGGAGGACGCGGUGCCGACAGGCAUCGACGACGGUGUACGUGGAGUCGUGUCCAAGGACUGGGACGGGCCGGACGUGCCGAUGCGCGGCGAUCGCUAUAUUCCCAACCGCGAGCUGGGGCGCCCGAGCGGGUCGUCCUCGCAGCCGUUCCUGGAGGAUGGCGCUGGUGAGAGCCUCGCGUCGAUUCCCUACGUCGAGCGCUCCGACUCGAUCUCCUCCUCGGUCUCGUCGCUGAACGACGUCGAGGGCCACGGCAACCUCGAGGAAGUGUGCCACGUCGAGCACGGCCAGCGCAUCCUCUCUUUCUCUGCUGCACCGCCGAGUGCUUCUUCGGCUGCGAAGGACAUUCGCGGCCGCUACGCCGCAAAGAAAAACACACUCCCGUCGAGUCUCGUCGCCGCGGGACGGCGCCGGAUUCCGACCACGCCGGAACGCGUCCUGGACGCCCCUGCGAUCGUGCCCGACUUUUACUUUAAUCUCCUGCACUGGUCGUCGCAGAAUGUCAUUGCGAUCGCGCUCCAGUCCGCCGUGCACACAUGGAACAGCGAGACGGGCGAGGCCAACUUUCUGCUGGAUCUCGAGGAGGAGAGCGAGCGCGUGGGUGGCGGCGGCCUCAUCACCUCGCUCCGCUGGGACGCGGACGGCAAUGUACUUGCCGUCGGCACCGACCGCGGAUACACCCAGGUCUGGGACGUGAACCGCGGCAUGCGUCUCCGCACGCUGCGGCCGGACCCCAACGGCGGCGCCGACGCCAGCACGAUCAAUGCGCUGGCCUGGGCACCGGACGGCACGCUGAAUGCGGGCUACGCGAGCGGCCUCAUCCGCGAGCACGACGUCCGCCAGCGCAGCUCCAUUACGCGCUCGCUGGACCGUGCGCAUUCCGCGCAGGUCUGUGGCCUGGAGUGGCGCGCGGACAGCGCGCUGCUCGCCUCGGGUGGCAACGACAACGUGGUCAAAGUAUGGGACCGGCGCACGUCGGUCGCCAAGAUGCGCAAGGAGAACCAUGCGGCGGCGGUCAAGGCGCUCGCCUGGUCGCCGCACAACAGCAGCCUGCUCGCGACGGGCGGCGGCAGCGCCGACCGCUGCAUCCACUUUUGGAACACGACGCAGAACACACGCGUGCAGACGAUCCAGACUGGCGCACAGGUGACGUCGCUGCAGUGGGCGCCGCACUACCGCGAAAUUGUCUCGUCGCACGGCGUCGCGAGCGCGGAAAGCAACGAAGGCGCGCUCUGCGUGUGGGCGCACCCCUCCGGGCAGAAGGUGGCCGAGGUGCAGGCGGCGCACGACGGUCGUGUCCUGCACACGAGUCUGAGCCCCGACGGCCAGUCGCUCGCGACGGUCGGCAGCGACGAGAGCCUCAAGUUCUGGCGCGUCUUUGAGCAGAGCGUCGAGCAGAGCAAGGGUGCGCAGCGCGGCAUCCUUGGCUCGGGCUACAAAGGCAUGCUCGGCACGUCGCGUCCGGGCGCAGGCGGCGCAGCUGCGCCGCGCUCGCUGCGUUAG